AUGGCAAGAUGUAUGGAAGAGCCAGGCCAGCCUAAUAUAGAGAAAGGCCAGCCUAAUAUACAGCCAGGCCAGCCUAAUAUACAGCCAGGCCAGCCUAAUACAGAGAAAGGCCAGCCUAAUAUACAGCCAGGCCAGCCUAAUAUAGAGAAAGGCCAGUCUAGUAUAGAGCCAGGCCAGCCUAAUACAGAGCCAAGCCAGCCUAAUAUAGAGAAAGGCCAGUCUAGUAAAGAGCCAGGCCAGCCUAAUACAGAGCCAAGCCAGCCUAAUAUAGAGAAAGGCCAGUCUAGUAUAGAACCAGGCCAGUCUGAACAUUCAUGCAGUCUGACUGGUCUCUAA